CCAGAAGUCCAUAACUGCACAGUCAAUCGUAAAAAAUGCCGUUGUAUAAGUUAAUAAAAUUCUUCGAAGUUGGCUUUGUUGCUUUAAUUAUACGCAGUACUUUUCUAACGAUAGAAAUCUAUUGUAAGAAUGUGUCGAGCACGAAUGCAUUCCGGUUUUUACCCAUGACCGGUCUGUGUUGCACGUUUCGGUUAUUUGCUUAUUGUUAGAUGUUUACCGUGUUUCCUAAUGCACUGUCAAUUAUUCAAUUAAGAACAAUGCCGUAAUACUUUUCUCACACGAUAAUCGUCACGAUACUAGUACCUCAAACCGGUGUGUCAUUCACGGCCAUCGCAAUAAUUGCAGCGUUAUGGAAAAUAUCUCAUUAGCACGUGGGCAAACAAAGUAGUAAUUCGCGUUUUUUUCUCGUUGCGGUUCGAUCAGGUAGCACGUACCUAGUUUAAACGCAUUGAGCCGCCAUCGGCAAAUCCCUUCCCGUAAAAUUGUAUAGUCAGUAACCAAACCCUGCACCCUAUCCUGAUUUUUAAAUUUGGGAAAACGAAACAGUUUCAUUCUAAUUUGUGUACAAAAUCGGGUUCCGUUGCGAUUUAUCGAAUAACCAACCAUGCCGCGAAUGUAUAAAUGUUUGUUGACAGUGUUGUGGAUAUCGCAUUCAUGUACAGAACUUGCAAAAUGCGAUACGACUACUGAAAGUUCUGAUAUCGCCUCUACUUCUCCCCGCGUUAACCUAACCGCCAACGUGGAAGGCAUUGGGCAGAUCGUUUCCAAUUUGGGCUGGCUAUUCGGCAUUACAACCACGGCAGCCACAACAACACCAACAACAACACCAGAGCCGACGACCACACCGACAACCACCACUACAACGGAAGCGACCACCACGACAACAACUACCACGACCACAACGACUACGACAACUGAAAGCACCACCACUCCCACCACAACAACAACCACUAUCCCUAUCACAACUCCCACAACAACCACGGAGGCUACUACUACCACCACCACUACCACCACCACAACUGAAAGCUCUACCGAGGCACCCGUUACACCACGCACGCCAAAUCUCUGCCCGGGACAAAGCGGUGCGGUCGAAAUUGCCGGCACCACCAUAGCAGCAACAACAACGUGGAUCUGGAAGGGCGAUCUGAAGUCGUUCGCCUAUUAUGGUCUGAAAUAUGGAACAGCCAGUAGAUUUAAAGCGCCUCUCCCGAAUUAUAAUUUUUCCUACUAUGGCCAACCGGAUGUGCCGCUGACCGGAUUUCAGUGCAUUCAGCCGGGCGUGAAACCAAAUCUAAUAUCCGAGGAUUGUUUAUACCUGGAUGUCUACAUUCCACCCGGUCCCUUGACGGACGAAAAAGGGGCAUGCCAGAAAUUUCCGGUUAUGGUUUUCCUUCAUGGAGGGGCAUUCAAAAGUGGUAGCAAAGAUAUGUAUCCCAGCGCAAAUUUGUCCAACAUCCUGCAGUCUGUGAUCGUCAUUCCGAAUUACAGAUUGGGACCAUUCGGUUUCUUCAGCACUGGCGAUGACGCCAUUUCCGGCAACUGGGGCCUUUAUGACGCCAAGCUGGCACUGGCGUGGACGGCCGGGCAAAUUAGCAAUUUUGGAGGUGAUCCAAAUUCUAUCACACUUAUAGGCCAUAACAGCGGUGCUGCGUUGGCUUCUUAUCUGAUGCUGGAUCCGGAUAAUGGCGCCAGUUUGGUCCACGGAGUUCUUCAAAUGAGCGGCUCAGCGCUGGCGCCUUGGGCGUUUGCGAAAACUCCGUUAAACUCGGCCAUUGAUUUAGCGAAAAUUUUGGCAUGUCCAGUGGAUUCAACGGAUGCGAUCCUGCAGUGCAUGCUACAGUUUGAUGCCAAUACCGUAAUGCAAGCCGCGUCAAACCUCACCAGUUUAGGAAAGUAUUUCAUACCCUUUCUUCCUGCUGUUGACGGGAUUUUGAUAAAAGACGAACCGGCUAAAGUGUUAAGCACUAGGACAUGGCAGCUACCUGGAGGUUACACCAAUGGAUUCCUGGCUAGAGAUGCCGGUAUCUUACUUCAACCCGAACUGUUUUGGAAUCAGCAGAGCGCUAAUGCUUUGAACGUGGUCGAUUGGUUCCCAAAGGUCAGAUAUCCGGAUUCCAUUCAUUCUCUCUUACGCUGCAAAUCUCCUCCAACUGAAAUUGUGAAGUCGAUUUACAACUUUUAUGGAUUGGGAGAAAGCCAGUCGUCGGGAGAAACUCGAAGAAAACUUAUCGAGAUAGCUACGGAUCUAUUCUUCGCUAUACCAGCCGUUAGGGAGGUGACCUUAUAUUCCAAAUACAACCUGGCAUCAAACGGAAGCAUCCUGUACAACAUUUCAUACAGCAAGUUUGGAAGCAAAACAUUACCAACUGCUCCUGAGAGAGCACUCGGAGCGUUCCAUACGCUGGACUUAGUCUUCCUAUUUGGUCAAGCACUGGCCACAGACUUAAUCGCCACUUCGUCGCAGUCGUAUUCGGAAAUAUCGCUUCAAAUGCGCAACUUGGUUCGCAACGCCAUACAGUUCGGAUAUUCUGCUAACCCAUCGUAUUCCUAUUCCCCCGACACAGGCACGUACCUGUCACUAGAAGGUCCUGAAGGAUGGGUAUUAAGGUCUAAAAACUACACAAAAGUUUUGCGUUUCUGGGAUGCGCUUGGUUGCUAGAACAGUAGCUUGAAUAAACCAAGAAGGGUGUCAAUUUUGUAAGUCUUAAUAAGACAAGGCAUUGAGUUCUUAAAUUAAGUAGCUAAACUAUCGCAUUUGUACAAUGAAGAAUAACACACCGUAUCUAUACAACGCUUGUAUAACAGAGUAACAGACGAAAAACUAA